CGUGCAGCUGAUAACUCGCACGGGCUAUUCAUUCAUAGGCUAUCAUUGAACGGCAGUCAAGCGCUUCUGCUUAUCUCCCAUACUCAUACCCAUACCAUACGAACGCAGGCGCCUAGCUAGCCGCCGGUGAAAAUGUCGUCGACGAACCUCGCGAGCGCCGUCGCGGAGCCGUUCCGUGUGUUCGUGGGGUACGACUCCCGCGAGGACAUAGCGUACCGCGUGUGCCGGCGGUCCCUGCUGCGCCGCUCGUCCAUCCCGCUGGAGAUCACCCCGAUCGUGCAGCAGGAGCUCCGCGACGCGGGGCUCUACUGGCGGGAGCGCGGGCCGACGGAGAGCACCGAGUUCUCCUUCACCCGCUUCCUGACGCCGUACCUGGCGGGGUACCGCGGGUGGGCGCUCUUCGUGGACUGCGACUUCCUCUUCGUGGACGACGUCGCGGCGCUGGCGCGGCUCGCCGCCGACGCCGACCCGCGGCACGCGGUGCUGUGCGUGCACCACGACUACACGCCCACGGAGGCCACCAAGAUGGACGGCGCCGUGCAGACGGCCUACCCGCGCAAGAACUGGUCCUCCAUGGUGCUCUUCGACUGCGGCCACCCCAAGAACCGCGCCGCGCUCACGCCGGAGGCCGUCAGCACGCGCAGCGGCGCCUACCUGCACCGCUUCAUGUGGCUCGACGACGACGAGGUCGGCGAGGUGCCGUUCGUGUGGAACUUCCUCGUGGGCCACAACCGCGUCGACCCCGCCGACGAGGCCGGGACGGCGCCGCGCGCGAUACACUACACGUCCGGGGGACCGUGGUUCGAGAGGUACAGAGACUGCGAGUUCGCGAACCUCUGGGUCCAGGAGCGCGACGCCUACGAGGCCGAAGAGGCCGCCGACAAGGACGUGGAUGGAUCCAUGCAAGCGCCACCCGCCGUGGUGUCUGUGGAGGUGGAUGCAUGAGGAGAUUGAGACGUACCAUCUACCUGCUGCCCACUCGUUGUGUGCUGUUCUCAUGUGGAUACAUAUGUGUUGUGAGUAAAGUUUAUUUUGCCCUUGAGAGCACGUGCCUUCACUCUCGCACUUAUUGGAUUCGAUUUAAGAAGUGUGCAAACACAUAUCUCAAUGUAAAACUGCUUUGAGAUGUACGUUUGCACAUUUCUCAAAACGAAUUUAAUAAGUGAAAGAAUGACGGUAUGUGCCCUUAAGGACAAAAAAAAUCUGCCUUCAUGUGUUGUGUGCAUGGUAUGGUAGUACCACACUCAUGUCAUCAUCUUGGUGAGUUGAAUUCGAAUCGAUGUUACCGUAGAAUAAAGAGGCGAUCGUUGCAUGCGCAGCCACAACGCCUGGCCAUCUUGAGGAGAGGUGAGAACUGACAAAGAGAUGAGAGCCAACGCAAGUUCAUUCCAUGGUCUCAGUUGUCUAAAAUACAGUAUAUCAUGCUCGACGUGCAAGCCAGUGGCUUAACUACAGAGGCUAUUCUGUA